AUGCUCGGCAAGAUCAAGCUCGGCCUCAAGAAAGCGUUCGUCCCACCCGACGAAAAGAGCGCAUAUGCUCCGCCAGAGGGGGUACAGCGUCCCAAGGUCUUCUUCGAGGUGGCCAGUGGCGACACUCAUUUCGGGCGCAUCACCAUGGAACUCUUCAGCGACGUCACACCCAAGACCUGUGACAACUUCCUCGAGUUGUGUUCAGGCAACGUCGAGCAUUGCUACAAGGGCAGCUUGUUCCACCGCGUCGUUCCCGACUUUAUGAUCCAGGGCGGCGACGUGAUCGCCGGCAAUGGCACAGGCAACUGGAGCAUCUACGGCGGCGCGUUUGCAGACGAAAACUUCCGUUUCCGACACAAGGUCGCAGGUCUCUUGAGCAUGGCCAACUCUGGUCCCGGCACAAACGGCUGCCAGUUCUUCAUCACGACUGCGCCUGCUGAUUUCCUCGACAACAAGCACGUCGUGUUUGGCCGCGUUCUUGAGGGCAUGCCUGUCGUGCACCAGAUUGAGAAUGUGCCCACCAGGGAGAAUGACCGUCCCUCGACCCGCGUCGUCAUCACCGCCUGUGGUGUCCUUUAA